AUGCCAUCUACUUUAUUAAUUCAAAUUCGAAGUUUGUUACCUGAUUUAUUAACAUUAAAAUUUCAUUCAUUCGAAUUAGAUCGAGGUACUAUAGAAUUAAUCAAAGAAAUUUAUAUUCUUGGUGAAAAGAUAUAUAAUUGUCAAAAUAAAUCAAUUUAUAUAAAAGAAAUCGACAAUAUGGCAAAUGUUGAAUUUUUAUUUCGACUUUAUCCUUUGAUAAACAAUUUAGAAAUCAAACAUAUAAUUAAUAUAAAUAUUGAAAUCUUCUUACAAGAAUUUUUCGAUUCAAUCCAAUUUCGUACUCGUUAUUUUCAUUCAUAG